GAGGCCGCCCCCUUCGUCGCCUUACUCUCCUCUCCUCCGACGGCCUCGCCGCACUCUCCUCCUCGGCCUCCUCCCCGUCGCUGCCGGCGGCGCCUGCGUCCGGCAACGAGCGAGCCCUCGUCUCUCCGCUCCGGGGAGCUUCGUCGCCGUCCUUCUCCGCGUGGAGCGGGAGGAGCGCCCGCUGCUCUCGUACUGGUAAAGACGAACUGCCCCCACAAAUUCACCUUAUUUUCUUUACCAAAUAUACAUAAGAUUUCAGUUAUGAGCAUCACCGACAUUGAUACUACUCCUUCCGUUCCAAAAUAUUUGUCUUUCUAGCCUUCUCAAAUGGACUACAACAUACGGAUGUAUGUAGACAUGUUUUAGAGUGUAGAUUCACUCAUUUUGCUCCGUAUGUAGUCACUUGUUGAAAUCUCUAGAAAGACAAUUAUUUAGGAACGUAGGGAGUAGAAAAGAAGCCACCAUUAGUCCCCUGGACCCUCUGGUUUAGGGACUCUGCCUCCUCCCCUGUUACCUGAUGCAAUCACAACACAUGGGCACACAUUAUUGCAGAUUAGUCAACAAGGAUUAGGAGUUUUGCUAGCUGAUAGGUGCAUCAUGCAUGGCUAUUUGAUUACAGAGUAGACCUAUAAUGUGAUGAAAACAAGCAUAGAAGCAUUUGUUCAUUACUUUUAACCUUGUAUUCAUCACAGACUUGUUCUGCAGUAAAUACUUGCAUUACAUUUAAAUAGUACGCCGAAUCGAUGAGUGUAUGAAUGGUCCGUCUCUCUUUUUAUGAUAGUUAAUUUGCCAAUUUAUACUACUCCUCUGAUUGCAUCACGUAAUGGAGAAACUGCAUGCAUAUCUGCUACAUGAUUUUCUGCUUAUUAUGUAGGAUUUGGACGACAAUUGCAAAAAUCUAGCCAGUUCACACUUUUGAGUUCUGGAUUUUGGCUGCUUUUUCCACAGUAGUUUCUUCAUAGCAAUAUUCUGCGCUAGAACAUUCGAAUUUAAAGGAUCGCAUUAUCUCUUUGACAUGUGCCAAACCCCAAAUAGUGCUGGCUAAGUUGAAUUUAGUGGUAUGGAUAAGCGCAAUCAUCCCUACCUUUUUUUCUUUCCCGUAGAUUUGGCAGAACACCGGCGGUGGUCAAUAACUAUGACGAAAAUAAGCCACAUGACCGUCCUUGAUGACCUGCCCGAGUGGAUUGUCAUCGAAGAGAUCCUCGUCCGGUUGCCCCCCAAGGAUGUCCUUCGCUGCCGUGCAGUCCGAAAGUUAUGGCGCAGUACCACCUCCACCGAUAAGUUCAUGCUUGACAACCGUCGCCACCAGCCCUUGCUCCCUGUCAUCAGACAGUAUAUCCCUGAGCAGAGUGGAUUCAGCUUCGUUGUCUUCCGUGAUAAUGGGGUUAUUACCUCCGAUCAAAAGCUCUGGCCAAUCAUCCAGCUUUUUAAGUUCCAUAAACUCCUGGGCGCCUGUGAUGGCUUUCUUAUCUUGUCUGUCGGAUCCGAUUUCUGGAUCUGCAACCCGGCCACUCACAAAUGUGCUCCCCUACCACAACCUCGAGUUCCAUCGUCAUCACGGGAGGGUUCCGGCAUCUACAUAGCUGGCUUUUAUGGGCACCAUCCAUCUGGGGAAUACCGGGUGCUCUGGUUUUCGCGAGGCUGCCAACGUGGCUACAUUCUCACGGUAGGAUCUGACAAGCCGAGAAUCAUCAGACGGCCAUCAGUAUCAUCACGUUUGCCGGAAUGCAGGCGCCAAGGGGCUUUUGAUUCCCGCUAUAGUUCACAAGUCAACCACCGCUGCAGCCUGCACUGGUUAACAGGAAUCUACAUGAAGACUGCUGUGGAAAUUAUGGUGUUUGACACAAUUACUGAGACGUUCCGGUGGAUGCGCAGUCCUGACCAGUUGGGCUGCCGGGUGUCGUUGUUGGAGAUGGGCAACAGGCUUGCUUCAUGCAGCAACAAUGAUGGCAGCAUAGAGAUUUGGGUGAUGCAAGACUAUGAGGCUGAGGCCUGGGCCUUGAAUUACAGGAUUUACUUGGUAGCGAUGAAGACAUCACCACAGCUUGAUUUUAGUUUGAGACAUAUUUCUAAUAUAGCGCUGCUUAACAAGCGUGAGCUGCUGAUCUGGUGUUGGACUCCAUCGUGGGGUCAUGACUACCUGUUGCACUGUGACAUUGACGAAAAGUUGUUGGGAUGUUACAAAUUGAAACGUGGAACGUAUUCAGUAUACUUCACUAAUCAGUACAUUCAGGAGAGCAUGCUUCCACUUCCGUUCUGUGAGAUGCAAGAAGAAGGUGGUGUGGAUAAGGAACCUCGAUUCCUCAUAGUGCUAUAAGGUGGUUCGUACUUCUAGUUUGCCAUGUGCGCCUUUGGAGUAUCCAUCCGUUAUGACUAUGGUCCUAGUUCUUACUUCAGAAUACUAGUAGAACUGAACAAUUUGUAUGCCUGUGGUAGCACUUUUGGUACCAUCUGGUGCCUUUUGUGCUGUCUUGAGCGUCAUAGUGAUGUGUUUGGAGUAUCUAUGCUAUUUCUUGCCCUUUUACUUUCACUUCGAACCGUUAAGUAGUGUGAAUGGCACCACUGGCUGCAAUGUGAUAUGCUAAUUACUUCCUAAGUUGUUAAUGUACGGGAUGAAUUCAUGCUAGUAGAGAAUAAGUGCAGCAAUAACAGGCCAUCUAGCAUCAUUGCUAAGAAAACAGUACCAUCA